CACAUUUUUUCUUCGGAUCUGACCUUUGCACGCCUGCCUCUUCUUCCUCCUCCGCAGGAACUAGGGUUUCGUCGAGACUCCUCUGCCACGAUGUCUAGCUUCAGCGGCGACGAAACUGCCCCUUUCUUUGGAUUCCUCGGCGCGGCCGCAGCCCUCGUCUUCUCCUGCAUGGGGGCGGCGUACGGCACGGCGAAGAGCGGCGUCGGGGUGGCGUCCAUGGGUGUGAUGCGGCCGGAGCUCGUGAUGAAGUCGAUAGUUCCCGUUGUCAUGGCCGGAGUCCUGGGGAUUUACGGUCUCAUCAUUGCGGUGAUCAUAAGCACCGGGAUCAACCCCAAGGCCAAGUCGUACUACCUUUUUGAUGGGUAUGCCCAUCUGUCUUCUGGCUUGGCUUGUGGUCUUGCAGGACUUUCAGCUGGUAUGGCCAUUGGCAUCGUGGGAGAUGCUGGAGUCAGUAAACAGAUUGUCAGUGCAUCGCUAGCAGGGGAUAUACAGUUCCUGGAUGUUAGAAACCAAUCUGAACCAUAUCUUACCAUUGAUGCACAUAGGGGUUCCCUUGCUGCCUUGGCAAUUCAUCGGCAUGCUCUAAUUAUUGCAAGUGGUUCUGCUAAGCAAAUUGUGAAGGCUUUCAGUCUAAAAGGAGAGCAGCUAAGCAUCAUCAGAUAUUACCCUACUUUCAUGGCUCAGAGAAUAGGUUCUGUUAGCUGUCUCACUUUCCACCCGUACAGAGUACUCCUUGCUAUUGGUGCUGCCGAUGCCUGUGUAUCUAUCUAUGCAGAUGACACUUACCAAACAAGAUGACUUGCUUUUGGCAACGUUCAAACCUUCAGACCUGAUUAAGGAACAUGGAAAUUUUAAUUUAAUAAUCAAGGAGAUGGUAACUGCAUUUGCCCCAGAUUGUGACAUCAGGCUGCACAAUCCUGCUUUGAAUGUGAAAUUUGUAUCUUACAGUGUUCGUUAGCCUCCUCAAAAGAGGGUCACACUUCAUCAGAAUUCUUGCAUCACCGUUGGAGGCUCUCACUAAUAAUAAUAUUUAGGUAAAAGUUGUACAUAGUCUAUUUUAUGUUUAUGUUUUCUUUUUCUUAUUUAAAUUUUCUUGAUCAUUUUCUUGCUUUGUUUUGUUCAAAGUUGUAAAAUUGCACUUUCAUAUUAUAAAUUAAGUAUUGGCUGCUUUUAGGAAA